UUGGCUUCCCUCCUCCCCGCCGCCCUCCCUUCUCCCUCUUUCCCGUCCCUUUCCCAGCUGCUGGAGGGUAGAGAAGCCGGGGCGGCGCCAUCUUGGCCCGGCUCCAGUGCCCAGACCCAAGCCCCCCACUGCUCAAUGGACACCCCCAGCCCAGACCCGUGGCCUUCGCCUUUGCCUGAGGAAGAAGAGAAACCUCUGGCCUUAUCUCCUCCUGUUCCCCGGGGCCGCCGAGGCCGAAGUCUUGGGGGGGCCACCUCCUCCAACCGGACGCUCAAGGCCUCCCUCUCGCGCAAGCGGGGCCGCCCAGCCAAGUCAGAGCAGGAGCCCCCCCUGACACAGGGGGUGAGCGCCCCGGUGGGCAGCAGCGAUGGCAGUGACCUCCUGCUGAUCGAUGAUCAGGGUGUGCCCUACACGGUCUCCGAAGGGUCAGUGGCUGGCGGGCCCGAGAGCUCUGGCCCCGGCCCUAAGAAGGCGCCGCACUUCUGCCCGGUGUGCCUUCGGGCCUUCCCCUACCUCUCCGACCUGGAGCGUCACAGCAUCUCACACUCAGAGCUGAAGCCGCACGAGUGCAAGGAUUGCGGCAAGACCUUCAAGCGGUCCAGCCACCUGCGGCGGCACUGCAACAUCCAUGCGGGCCUGCGGCCCUUCCGCUGCCCGCUCUGCCCCCGCCGCUUCCGAGAGGCGGGUGAGCUGGCCCACCACCACCGCGUCCACUCCGGCGAGCGCCCCUACCAGUGCACGGUGUGCCGGCUGCGCUUCAUGGAGACCAACACGCUCCGGCGGCACGCCAAACGCAAGCACCCCGAGGCCAUGGGGGCACCUAUGUGUCCUCCGGACCCAGAGCCUGAAGCGCCGUGGGACGACGACGGUAUCCCCGCCACGGCAGGGGCCGACGACGAGGAGGAAGAGCUGGAGGGGAAAGAGCUGGCCUGACCCACACCCCCGGCCACCGCUCCCCCGGCCAGGCUUAGAGCUGGGCGUGCCCCGGGUGCGGUGCCUGGGCAGCGAGGCCGGGACACCUUGUCUGGUGGUCUUCCCGUUCUGGGAGUGGGCUGAGGGUGCAGACCUCAGCUUCUGGGUCCUGCUGCCUUCUACCACCCUCCGGCGGACUGACAGGCCUGUGGAGGCAGGGGCUGUGGAAAUAAAUCUCUGCCUACUGCC